AGUCAAAUUUACUGAUAAAGGUGAAAUAAUGCUAAAAGUUUCGAUGCAAUCACGAGAUGUUAUUGAUGAAAACGAAGAGAAUCCAACUUACGGUCAAAUACUUACAAAAGAAAAUCUUUUGAUUGAAUUAGACGAUACUGGUAUUGGUAUGGAUCCAACAUAUGUACAACAUGCUUGGAAAAGCUUUUCACAAGGUGACAUGUCAGUAACUAGAAAACAAGAUGGUACAGGAUUGGGUCUUCCGAUUUGUAAAAGUCUGGUAGAAAUUAAUGGGGGAAAAAUUGGAGUAGAAAGCCAGUUAGGAAAAGGGAGCAAAUUUUGGUUCACAUGGAAUGUAGAGUUAUUAUCAAUGACACCUUCGUUAUUAAAGUCACAAUUUAAUGAUAUAAAUUAUAUUAUGAAACAAAAACGAAUAUUAAUAAUUCACCCAGUUGAAAAUGUGAGAAAUGCAAUUUUGAGAUAUCUUAAUACGAUUGAAAAAGUUGAUGCAUUUGAUACCUUUGACAAAGGUGUUAUGGCAGCAAAAACUUAUACAGAACUAUAUGGUAGACCCGCUUACGAUAUAGUAUUCAUUAGCCUUUAUGAACAUAAUGAAGCAGAGGUUAUGAAAGCAGUAUUUGAACUAAGAGGAUUAAAACUAAAUAAUAAUAAUUUAGCAAUAAUCUUUAUAGCAUUCCCAGGUGAUGAAGGAAAUAAGCUAGCAGGAAAACUAAUUAGAAAAACCAAGGGAAUGACUUCUGUUAUUUAUACUCCAAUUACAUGGACGAAGUUAAUUAGUCAAUUUAUUAAGUAG